AUGGACAGAAAAGGGGGACCGGUGAGGGUCAGGCCCGCCGCCCUUGUCCACUCGGACAACACGGCCCGGAGCAAGUUUGUGCGCUUCCAUCACUGGCCUUGGGGCCACCGAGGCGGCAGUCCUCCAGGCGCCCAGAGCGGCCGGAAGCGCGCGCGGCCGGGACGGGGGGCGGGAUCACUUCCGGUCUGCUCUGGCGGGGCGGCCACCCCGGCUGGAAGGUGA